UUUGUUUUUAAAUAAGAGAUACCCUGGCUGCAGAGAUAUGCGGUCUACGACGACAAUUGUUGCUGAUGGAGUCUGACCAUGGAUAAGGAAGUUGACCCUGACGAUGAAAAUGUCAACCUCGUCUUGGCUCAGGAAUCCUCAGAACUGCUCCACAUCAUUAGCAGUCAGUCACCAGCGAUCAUAAUGGAGCUAUGUCAAAUGAUGCCGAGUGAUGCUAGAUGGAACAUCAACCUGGCUCCCACAACAGAACAAAUCAAAGCCAUGUUGGAGUACUUCAGGGUGGCCAACGCUACAGAUUGCCGCAGCUUUCUCCAGAGCAUGUGUAUGUUGUGCGAGAACAUCCCCAUGCACCUGGAGUCAAGGCUCAUGUCAAUAGCUGGAUAUGCAAAUAAUAUUUUUGAAAAUUCCAGCCCCAGUUUAACGGAUGGGAAGUUGACAUUGCCGCCUUCAGAGCAGCAGCCUAUCAAACGUCCACGGAUUGAUCACUGGGAGCAGUACAUUGCUGCAGUGGUGAGUUUACUGCAAAGGAGGUGGGAAAUACUCAGUGAGCACCUGGUGAGGGAGGUCCAGCUGGAGAAUGUGUGGGUCAGCCUAAGGACAUCGAACAGAGGCAGGGACAGGCCUGAUCAAACCCCUGGCCCAGCAGACAAAGGGGGCAGAACACCUGAGCCUGAUGGAGAUUUUGGGUCUACGGAUUCCAGAGUGACAUUGGAAACCUUCCUCCAAGGAUGUGCAGGGAAGGUGACAGUUCUCGUUGGCCAGGCUGGAUCUGGAAAAACUCUGCUAAUGUCUUGCUUAGGACAGCAGUGGGCACGUGGACUAGGUUCUGUCCCUUCAUCCUACCUGUUUGUCCUGCUAGAGUUUCGUCAGCUCAACAUAUUGUCCCAUCCUCUCUCAGUGUCUGAGCUGCUAUUUCGACACUACCUCCCUCCAAAAGGGGGCGACGAUGAAAAGAGAGCCAUUGUGGACUACCUCCUUUCCAAUCCAGAGCAAACCUGUUGGGUGCUGGAUGGCUAUGAUGAGUUUCAUAGCAAACUCACCAGACAAGAGCUGCAGAGAGAGCUAUUGGACCCAGAAAAGCCUCUGCCUGUUGCAGAUCUCAUCUCAGCACUGUUAAAUCGUCAGCUUCUACCAGGAUGUACUGUGGUGGUCACCUGUCGAGCACGCAAUGUCAUUGAUUUGGAGGGCAUGUCAGAUAAAGUAGGGCAGCUGCUGGGGUGGGACCACCACGAGAUCAAGGAGUAUGUGGACAACUUCUUUCGAGUCAAAGGUCACUCAGCAAACAAAGCUGUUGGAGUGCAGGCAGCAGAUCUGCUUCUCUCUAGUCGACACUUACUCUCCAUGUCAUGCCUCCCUGCCCUCUGCAACAUCUGCUGCAUCUGUCUGGAGCAUUUACUGCUGGAAAGGGGAAACCCAAGAAAGAUGCAGAUACCAGAAGAAACACUAAGUGAGACAAGGAGAAAAGCGGGAGUAAAAGAUGAAGAAGGAGUACAGAUUCCAGGAGGAGGAAGAGAAGAGGGCAGUAGAGGAGGGAGUUACAUACAAAGGGGAGAUCAAGGAGGAAGAAGGGGGAGUGAAGACAUAAUGAUGGAUGGGACAAAUGGUAGAGCCCAGUUGCCUCCUGUACAAGUCCAGAUACCCUCCACCCUCACCCAGGUCUACCUCACUGUUCUUGGAGCCUUUCUGAGCCAUGACCCUGAUAAAAGAGGAAGGGUUGACGAGCCAAAGACCACAAGAGUUCUACAGAGUCUGAGUCAGUAUCAAUCGGAGUUGUGUGAGCUGAGUCAGCUGGCCUGGAAAGGCUUGGAGGACAGCAAGAUCCUCUUCAUGGAAGAAGAUAUCACUCAGGAUGUUUUGAAGUUUUCAAUCAGGACAGGGCUCUUCUCACAGGUGGAGCUCAGACGUGAAGAUGGGAUGCUUGUCAACUGCUACUGCUUCAUUCAUCUGACACUACAGGAGUUUUUGGCUGCAAUCAGAAUCAUGACCAGCACUGAUGUUAGUGACAUGCAGCUCAAGAAGAGAUUCAGUCUGAGAACUCGCUGGACGACCAGGUCAGACCAGAGGACAGUCUUCACUGACUCCCUGCACCAGUAUGUCUGUGGUCUGGCUUCCCCACACUGCACUGCAGCCUUAGUUCAAUUAGCCAAGACCUCUGGUGGAACAGGAAGCCAAAGUUGGGUGCAACAACGACAAGCUCUUGUUCGAAAACUGCUUAAAAACCUCUGUCACAGCAACACCCUGACUGGACCAAAGAUAUUGGAGCUUUGCCACUGUGUCCAGGAGAGCCAGGACAACCAACUAGCUAAGGAGGUUGUGGGGACGAGACCCACCCUGGAGCUGCGCAACAUCUGGCUGUCACCUAAUGAUAUUGAUGCUCUGGCUUUUGUAGUUAACUCAGUAGGUGAUAUUGGCAUUGGAUUGGACUUUGGAGCAUGUUCAAUGGAGCUGGAGUGUUUAGAUGUGCUGCCAAGGUGUCAGUACAUUCAAUACCUCAGUUUUCGCAGCCGCAAGUAUGGUGACAAAUUUGCCGAGAAGCUGUCUUCCAUUCUGCCAAAAUUCACAACCCUGAAAAAACUAGAGUUUUGUGGUGCCAGUCUGACCGCCACAGGAGCGGCUUGUUUGGCCUCUGCUCUACAGAACUGUCCAGACAUCACUGAAAUCAAUCUGAGUGACAACAAUCUGAAAGAUAGAGGAAUUGAACACAUAGCAGAUUUUUUUCCCAAACAUUCAAGACUGGUCUCAGUAAGGCUGGGUCGAAACAACAGCUCACUGGAAGCAGUGGACUAUCUCAUUGGGAAAAUGUCUUUCUGUUUGAACAUCCAGCACCUUCAUGCAGAUGGGAAGAAGGAAUUUACAGUAACCUUCUCCCAAAACUCUGAUCUGAUCAGCCAUAAAACUAAGUCUGAACCAACAAUCAGCUUGUUGAACCAGAAAUGGAGUAAACCUGAGAUGCAAAAAAUUGCAGAGUCAUUGGCGCGUUGCCCUGCCGUGGCUAGCCUGGAUGUGUCUGGAGACCAUAUGGAUGUUGAAUGUCUGAGGACGCUGACUCAGUUUUUGCCAAAGUUCAACGUCACCAACAAGAUCAUUGUGAAUGAGAGCUGCUCUUCAGUGGAGGGUUUGGUGGUUCUGACUGCUCUGCUGUCUGAUUGUCCUGCUGUGGUGGAACUUAACAUCAGACUACAGAGUCCUGUCCAGGCGUCCAUAGUGUUCUCUAAAGGAAGAGACAAACCUGCAAAUGAAAAAUCUAAAAUGCUCUGUCUCAGCUGCUGUGCUCUGCUGCCGACACAUCUGGAGAGAGUGUUGAGGAGUCUGGGAACCUCGUCUGAUCUCACUUUGCUGGAUCUGUCCAGUAACUGUUUGGGCAACAGAGGUCUGAGGAAACUGUUGGAUGUCCUUCCUCGUCUUAGUAGCAUCCAGGAAGUAAUUGCCAGUAACAAUGGGAUUGGCAUGGAGGGAGUGGUGAUGCUGGCUGGUGCUUUGUGCUCCCAUGACAACUUAACACAAAUUCACAUCAGUGAUGGAGGCAGAGAGCGGGUGAUCUUGAAGUUCUGCCCUGACAAAAGGCAUGACAAACAGCAGCUAAAGAUGUUCAGGAUAAACAACAGCCACCUCAUGCCAUCCGAUAUAACCACACUCUGUAAAAGACUGGUCCAGUGUCACUCCCAUUUGGAGUUAGAUUUGUCUCACAGCUCAUUAACAGACAAGGCCAUUGAGAAUCUGCUGAAAGUCCUUCCAAAGAUGGCGUCACUGCAGAGAAUCAAUGUCAGCCACAGCGUCACAUCCACAACUGAAGCACUGAUGUUGGUCAAAUGUUUGACUGUCAGUCAGCGAGUCACAUCUGUGGAGCUCAGGCCUGAGACUGAAGCUUUCAUCCAUUUUGACAGUGUGAAAUCAGAGCAAGCCAGCUGCAGGUUAACUCAUUGUAGCCUCAACAGUGACAACCUGGAGAAACUGCUCGAGAUCCUACAGCAGGGUCCUCAGCUGUCUGACCUGGAUUUGUCAAGUAACAAACUGGGAGAUGAAGGAGUCAAGCGUUUCUUGGAUUCUCUACAAGAGCUUAAAAUCACCAGCUACGCAAAUUUGAGCAACAAUGGCCUGACCCAGCAGGGGCUGUUGGAAGUGGCCAGCACACUGUGCACCUCUAACAACGUCUGCAGUGUGGAAGUCAGUUUGGAGGAAGAGGAGAGGUGUCUCAUCUGGUUUACACAAUAUGAAGGUUGUGUAAAAACGCUGAGUGUCAGAGAGAGCAGUUUGGAACGUGAUCAUCUGGUCAGAUUAGCAGAGAUCGUGUCUACCUGCCCCAGUCUGACCAAACUGGAUUUCAAGAACAAUUCCCUGCAGUCAGACUGGAUUGAAGACUUUGUGAAACUGUUUAACAGCAGUCAGAAAGGAUUCAGUGUCAGUAUUGAUGAACGUUGGAUCAGAGCUGAGGAAGCUGUCAGGUUGGUGUGUCGUUGUCUGGACGUCAGCAGGAACAUACAGACUAUCAGGGUUCACCACACCACACUACACCUGUCUUUGAUGAGGUCCACUGAACUGACCUCAGUCAGCCUCGUGGACUGUGCAGUAGAGGGGUACCAGCUUGAAUCUUUGAAGAGCAUCAUCCUGCGGUGUCCUUUACUGACAGAGCUGGAUUUCUCCCACAACAGCCUGGGUAUAGAGGGAGCUGAGUUUCUCUGUUGUGUCCUGCCCUCACUGCCACAUCUCACUGCUCUCAGUAUUGGGUCCAAAGAGGCUUGUGUGACUGUGGUUGAAAAGCUCUCUGAGGCCUUGCUGCAGGCUACAGCCAUUGAGUGCCUAAAUCUAUCAGGUCAUGUGAUUAGUGACACAGCAGCUCUGAUUAUGACCAGAAUGUUGCCCCGUCUGAGAUCACUCAAUCUGUCUCAUUGUGUGUGGUCAGUGGCGGGAGGGCUGCAGCUCGUUCAAAAUCUGGGAGAGUGUGACGUUCUGGAGGGCCUUUGUCUGGACUCCUUGAAAUUGAAUGAGGAGAGCACGAUGUACCUGGCACAGGCACUAAGGAAUAUCAACUCUAUCCGCAGUCUCAAGCUGAAUAAGAUUGCCACAGUGAUGGGACCAUUAGGAGCAAAUGGUUUGCUAGAUCUCCUGGCUGCUACAGAGGGACUCAGACAAAUGGAGGAGAUAGAGUUGGAGGGCUGGAGGAUGGCUGAUAGAGGAAUAGAGCAGCUGACCAGACUGCUUCCUAUCUGGAAGGAGCUCAAGAAGAUCAGUCUGUCAAAGAACCUUAUCAGCGACCAAUCAGGAGACAAGCUACUGGAAGCUUUGAACAUCUGCAGUCACCUGGAGGAGCUCCAUCUGUGUAGUAACAGCCUUGGUGAUCUCACUGCUGCCAGGAUGGCCCUUGUUCUGCCGUCUCUGACACACAUCACUGUCUUGGAUCUUUCAGACAACAGUGUUGGACAUGAGGGGUCAGUGAAUCUGUCCAAAGCAAUGAUGCACAUGAAGAACCUCACCAAGAUUCAUCUGACCUCUGUUGGGACUUCAGAGCUGUGUGCUGUAGCUGCCAGUCUGGCCUGCUGUCCCCUCAUACAGGAUGUGGGCCUGGGAUGGAAUAAUUGUGGAGAUAAAGUGGCUGUGGAGCUGGCCAAAGUUAUGCCUGUCUGUCAGAAGCUGACCAGAAUAGAUUUGGAGUCAAACGCUGUGAGUGUUUUUGGAGCGGAGGCCCUGUGUAGAGCCUUACAGUUGUGUCCUGCCGUACAGCUCAUCAGGCUGUGGAGGAACAAUGUCCUGUCCAGUGAAGCCCAGAGGCUCAGUCUGAAGGACAGGAGGCUAAAUUUCUCACCCACCUAACAUGAUGUGUAUCGUUGGACGGUGGCGGCGGCAGGAAGAAGAAACAUUCCACUUCAUCAAAACAUGCAGAGGUGAAUCACUGCAACCGCUUCAGCCACACAGAAGUUAAAAUGCGUUUUCCCUGCAGUAUGACCAUCAGAAAAGCAUGAAGAGUGAUGUUAUAAAAUCUCAGUGUAACAUUUUACGUUUAAAAACCCUUAAUCAUUUGUGUGUCCUAUGACUGCAGCAAUUGGUGUCUGUAAUGGUGUGACUACUAUGUGGUCUACUAUUUUCUUUUUACUGUAUGAAAGAGUUCUCAUCCCUUUUGGUAUUUCCCCAAAAUAUAUUGGUGUUUAUAAUGUUAAAAGUCUCACUGGGGAAUGAUGUGAAUAAGUACAGUUGUACUGCUGAAUGUUUCUAAGGUAUUAUUUUUGAGAAAAGCAUCUAUUUUUGAGACUAUUUAAAUGUAUGAGUGCACUUAUUGGCCUCUAGUUUCACAGUAGUAAACAGGUGUAAUCAGCUGCCAGUGUGGCAAUGGUUACGUUUACAUGCACACUAAUAUUCCACUAUUAUUCUGAAUAUGACAAUAUUUCGAAUUUGAUACGGGUGUAACAUGUAAACUGCAUGUAAACAGGAAUAUUGGUAGAAUAUUAUUUACAAUAUAUUUCCAAUAUAUCCAAUAUAUUUACAGUCAGCGCUUACUGUUUAUUUGUUUGAACAUGGAAAUGGAUUUGGUUACAUAAGCUACCUAAGGAACAAAAUACAAAUUUGAGGUUGUAUGACCCGUUGUUUUAUUUUCUAACAAUGAACUGUGUGUUUUCAGCUGUUGAACUGAAAUUAUACAGAUGUCAAAGUGAUGUAAAACUGUGAUAGGGUAUGAUCUCACUGUCUGAGAUAGCUGAUGGAGGGACAACCCACAAAAUUUAUUAAUUUGGAUCAGCCCCACCUUUUCAGUCUCAUUACUGUCAGACUUCACACCAUCCAACACUGCCAUGAACCUAGAGGCCAUGACGUAAAGAAUUCCUUGGUUUUUCAUUUGAUAAAAUUAUAUAAUAAUUUAUAAUCAUAUGUAUGCAGACUCUGAUACACUGAGUCACUUUGCACUGUAAUGUGUUUACAAUAAUUAGAGGCCACAUUAGUAAAAACACAAUAACUCAUGAACUCACAGUAAAGAAAGAGCUGAAAGGGAGGACCCCUCCCCCCUGUUCUCUGCUCUUAUGGUCAUUUUAGGUUGUGGUCACUAUCCAGUUUGCGUAUUUAUUUCCGAUGUUAUCAUGGGAAGUUAUUUAUGUAAUUCAAACUUUUAUGUUCAUAUGAGAUGAUAAUUAGAUUGAACAAGAAGUGUGAAACACCACACACUAAGAGUAACAGAUGUAACAGUUCCAUUAUGAUCUUGAGAAAAACACAACAUGCCAAUGAGCACAGACAGGAAUGACGUGUGGUGCUGUAGCUCAUCUGUUAAAAAUGGUUUUAUUUUAUAGUUUGUGUUAAGAUUUUACUUCUCACAUGACAAAUUGCCUCUGUCCCUGACAUUAAUUCAUUCUGACUUGCACUGAAAUGUCAGCUGACAUUAAACAAACAUACAAAAAAAA